AGCUUUCUCUCUCGGACCUUUCUCAUCAGCCAAUUUCAAGAUUGAAGACGGGAGAGAGAGAGAGAGAGAGAGAGAGCUUGAAGGAGGAGGACGAAGCAUUCGAAAAAAAAGAAUCUCUCUUUCGUCUUCCUGAGCUCGUCUGAAUGAAUCGUCACGCGCUUGCCCUCAAAUUCCACUCCUUCUCUCCUCAGUAUGCGUUAUCCCUCUCCAAUCUCACCCUCCAAAGCCCUAAUCCUCUCCAAUUUCGAGUUCCGAAUGUGAGCAGCAGUCCCGUAUCUCUCCGAUCCCGGAGCAGCGCCGCCGAUGUAUCCCCCGUUAGAUACACGGAUGUCUCCUCCUCCUCCUCCAUCGGCUCGCUCGGGGGGACCGGAGGUGUGGUGGUGGCGGAGAAACCUAUCGAUGUCGCAACUCUGGGUAAUCUCUGCGUCGACAUUGUUCUCAGUGUUGACGAAUUGCCCCCGAAUUCUCGCGGAGAACGCAAGGCGCUCAUGGACGAGCUCUCUCUUUCUCCCCCAGAUAAGAAAUAUUGGGAAGCAGGUGGGAACUGUAACAUGGCUAUAGCAGCUGCUAGACUUGGGCUUCAGUGUGUUGCUAUUGGUCACGUGGGGGAUGAGAUAUACGGAGAGUUUCUUCUAGAUGUGCUUCAUGAAGAGGGGAUAGGUACGGUUGCGUUGGAUGGAGAAGCAGCAAAUGCCAAAGACGCCAGCUCGUUCUGUGAAACUCUUAUUUGCUGGGUUCUUGUGGAUCCUCUCCAGAGGCAUGGGUUUUGCAGUCGAGCCGACUUCAAGGAGGAACCUGCUUUUAGUUGGAUAACUGACAUAUCUGAUGAAGUAAAGAUGGCAAUCAGGCAGUCGAAAGUUAUUUUCUGCAAUGGUUAUGACUUUGACGAUUUCAGCCCUAGCUUUAUAAUGUCAACGAUAGACUACGCUACCAAAGUUGGGACAGCUAUCUUCUUUGAUCCUGGACCACGGGGAAAGAGUCUUUCCAAGGGAACUCCUGAUGAGCGCAGAGCACUUUCUCAUUUCUUUAGAAUGAGUGAUGUUCUUCUACUAACUUCUGAGGAGGCCGAGUCUCUAACUGGCAUCAAGAACCCUGUAAAAGCAGGACAAGAAAUUCUGAGAAAUGGGAAGGGAACAAAGUGGGUGAUUGUAAAAAUGGGCCCAAAAGGUUCAGUUCUAGUGACCAAAUCCAGUGUCUCAGUGGCACCUGCGUUUAAGGUGGAGGUGGUUGAUACUGUUGGAUGUGGAGAUAGUUUUGUGGCUGCGAUUGCAUUGGGCUAUAUACGCGACAUGCCGCUUGUUAACACCUUGACGAUUGCAAACGCGGUUGGAGCAGCAACUGCAAUGGGGUGUGGAGCAGGUAGAAACGUUGCAAAAAGGCAUCACGUGGUGGAUCUCAUAAAGGCGUCGAAACUCAACGAUGAAGAAAGCUUGUUAAAAGAACUACUCGCCGAAAACCCGGAAACUCCUAAAGUCAAUCUUCUUUCAAAAGGGAUGAGAAAGGAGGGAAGCAACAAGCAGCAGAUAGAAAUCAUCUCUAUGGAAAAAGUGGUUUCUGAGUUGCUUCCAGAGCUUGAACUUGGGAGGUGUUGUGUAAAGGCUUCGUCUUGAUGCAUUUGAAACAUUGAUCGCUCACAAGAUUCGCGGGGAAACUUGUAAUAAAGAAGUGGAGAACCUUUUCAGCUGACUGGAUGAAGAAAUCUUGGGUAAUUGAUUGUUUGGCUAUUUUUGUGUGGGAACAACCCUCAAGGAAGAUAUGAAAGUGAAGUUGAUCUUCUUGCAACAGAAAGAGGAUAAUAGUUCAUCAUCAUAAAGAGAAGUUUAGUAUAUUUUUUUGAUGUUUGUUUUCUGUUAUUGUGUAACGUCUGUUAAAAUGACAUUGUUGGUCGGUAUUUUGUAGGAAUUUGAAUGUUACAUAUUCAGGAAAUCAGACGAACAGAAAACAAAGUUGUUCAAGAGUUUUAUUUCUAUUUUAAGUAUUUUUUUCAUAA